AUGCACUCUUUCGGGUGGUACGCAGUCUUUGUCCAGGAGAUCGGCAAGCUGUUCGACCAGGCGAUCUGGGAAAUACGAGGUAUAGUCUGGGAUAUUGAAGCGUAUCAUAAGGAGAUAGAAACUUUUCGACCAGAAUUCCUCUUCCUUCAUGAUAUCGCUCGGCACGUCAGCCACUCGAAGGAAAUUCUCGACGUCGCUUUGGAAACUGUUGACAGUCUAAUAUACGAGAACGAAAUGCUCGUUCAGACAAAACCCUCUCCUUACACCGCAAGGCCAUGGGACUUUGAGGAUAUCAAACGCCAGUUGUAUUUUGGGAGAAAGAGUAUAUCUGCGACAAAGCUUCGCUGUGUCUCGCUGAGUGAACGACUUCAGAAUGAGAUCAACUUGGCAUUCAACAUUGUCGCCCAAAGAAACAACGAAGUCUCACUCCAGCUCGCCAAACACUCACUCAGCGACAACACGAUGAUGAAGACGGUGGCAAUCGUGAGCAUGAUCUAUCUACCAGGGACAUUCGUAUCAGGAAUAUUUGGCAUGAGCUUCUUUGACUACAACUCAGAGAAGAAGAGGCUAGACGUCGGCACCGACUUCUGGCUAUACUGGAUAGUUACGAUCGCUCUUACACUUGCUACAAUGGGCAUUUGGCUCUUAUGCUUGAACCAAAAUCCGAUCAAGGAUUUUGCUACGAGAAAAACUGAAAAAAUGAGGUCCGCGGGAAUGGCAAGAAGCUAG